GCGAAAAGGAUGAGAGAAAGAAGCUGCAAGAGGACCUAAUGAGAGAAAUAUAUUUUCACUAGAGAUAAGAAGAGAGAUGGAGCCAAAGCUAAAAGUGGGGAGUUGAGGAAGGGGGCCAUCAUUUCCUUAAAGGAGCCCAAAAGAGCUUAGGUUUCAUAGCAGAGCCCUACAUAUAUGGUGUCGCCGCACAAGGCAUACCCCUCUCCUCCCAUUCCCAUCUCCCUCUCCAGCCAUUCUCUCUUGCUUGCUUAAAGAGAACCGCCUUGCUUUGGGGCCUCUGUUUCUUUUUAUGUCUUGAGACGAAGUCUACUGUUUCAUCUCCAUCUCGAAGAAAGGGAGAGGUUUCUAUGGGCCUUUCCGUUCCUCCCCAGCUCCAAAUCUGAAGGCAGAGAGGAUUAAUACCAAGGUUCAUGCCCUCUAUUAACCAUCUCUGUGUUGAAAAAUUGGAUCUUCGGAUAGAGAGAUUUUCUGACCCAAAAAACGGAAGGGAAGACCAAAAGGCUCGGUUUUCUUUUCUUUUUUUUUUAUUGGUACAACUGUGGAGGUUCCUUCAUGGAGGGCGAGAUAUCAUGGGAAUCUUAUUCAACUUCCUACCUUGUAAGCGAGGUUGUCGAAUCUAAACCAGUUUCUGAAGGUGACGGCAGCCAGGACGGAGGCACAUUGGUUUCCUUGGACGCAAUUCUUCCUUCUGACCUCCUGGAAAAAGUCCUCUCCUUCUUGCCCAUCGCGAGCAUAAUUCGAUCAGGGUCGGUAUGCAAAAGGUGGCACGAGGCCGUGCACUCUGUUAGGUUCUCAUGGACCAGCAUGUUACCUCAGAAGCCAUGGUACUUCAUGUUCACUUGCAGCGAGGAUGCUGUGGCCGGCUAUGCCUACGACCCGAGCCUCCGGAAAUGGUAUGGCUUCGACUUCCCUUGCAUCGAGAAGAGCAACUGGUCUACCUCUUCCUCCUGCGGGCUAGUUUGCUUCAUGGAUAGCGAGGACAGGAGCCGGAUCUUUGUCUGCAACCCGAUCACCAAAGACUGGAAGAGGCUUCAGGAUGCUCCAGGUGGAAAGCACCCGGACUACAGCGCGCUCGCCAUAUCGGUGGACCGGAAGUCUCACAAUUAUACCGUUGCAGUUGCCAAAUGCAGGCAGGUGCCCGAGGAUUACUACCAAUGGGACUUCUCCAUCCAUGUCUAUGAGUCGGGGAGCGAGUCCUGGGCCACUCCCUUCAAUGAAAUCCUGGUGGGAUGGAGGGGAGGUGACGAGUGUGUGAUCUGCAAUGGGGUGCUCUACUACCUGAUCUACUCCACUGGUGUUUUGGGGAAUGUCGAGCCUCGGCAUUGCUUGGUCAUGUAUGACCUCUCAGGGAGGUCAUCACACGCGUCUCUGAUGCGCAUGGCGAUACCGGUGCCCUGCUCCCUGACGUGCGGCCGGCUGAUGAACCUCAAAGAUAGGCUGGUUAUGGUCGGCGGGAUCGGGAAGCAUGACCGGCCGGGGAUCAUCAAGGGGAUCGGCAUUUGGGAGCUCUGCAACAAGCAAUGGCGAGAGGUUGUUCGGAUGCCUCAUAAGCUCUUCCAAGGAUUUGGCGAGUUUGAUGACGUCUUUGCAAGCAGCGGCACCGACGACCUCAUCUACAUACAGAGCUUUGGGUCGCCGGCGCUGCUCACUUUCGACAUGAGCCAGAAAAUGUGGAAAUGGUCGGCCAGAAGUCCCGUGACCAAGAGAUUCCCCCUCCAGCUCUUCACCGGUUUCUGCUUCGAGCCGAGGCUCGAGGUCGCUUCUUGACUAGCUUACUUACCACUGCUUCUUUCAUGGGCAGAUCGCAGAAGAUCAUGUUAUAUUUUUCUUUUUCGGAGCAACUGAAAAUAUUGCGAUGGACCUGAGGGAUUACAGAAAAUGUUCAUUCUAUAGAGAAAAUCAUCAUAUCUGAGGACCAUGUUGGAGAUCGUUUUCCCUUUUUUUUCCUUCUCAUAUAUUUGUUGGGCUUUACAGUCUAUGAUGUAUUUUGGGAGGGUUGAUAUGUAGAAAAGCAAAAAAGUGCUGAAAGUUUCUUCACGUUCUUUUAUCUUCAAUGACAAAGUUAAAAUCUUUCUUUUGCUGA